AUGCGCCGACAUCCCCUCACGAUCCUCCAAAGAUGGCGUGUUCCAUCUCUUCUUCCCCAUCGAUCCGUUCACGGUAACCCGGCAGCCACCCCAGCAGCGCAUCACCAGCACCAACACCGCACCCUCCUGACCCUCGCAAUCGAAACCUCGUGCGACGACACCUGCGUCGCCCUCCUCUCCAAAGACCCCGGCCCCCUCGGCCGCGCGACCCUCCACUUUCACCGCAAAAUCACAUGCGACAGCACGGCCUACGGCGGCGUCUACCCGCCCGUAGCCCUACGCUCCCACGACGCCUCACUCGCGCCCCUCAUCGCCGAAGCCCUCUCGUCCCUGCCCCCAGCCACCGAAGCAAAAGCUCGAAGCCACGAUGACGGCGACGUGAUACAAGAAGGAGGGCAAAGGGGAGGUCGCACUCUCGCACGAGAGGUCGGUUCAUUACGCAGCAAAACGCUCGCAGUCGCCGGCACUCUGCGCCAGAAACCCGACUUCGUAACGGUGACCCGCGGCCCCGGCAUGUCCGCGAACCUCGCCUCCGGGCUCUCGACGGCAAAAGGCCUCGCGACAGCCUGGCAGGUACCGCUCCUGGGCGUGAACCACAUGCAAGCCCACGCCCUCACCCCGCGUCUCAUCUCCGCGCUCGCCCGCCAGGACCCGACGACAUCUACAGCGUCCUCGUCCACCUCCUCCCCAGCGACACCCGAUGCCACCGCUAUAAAACCAGAAUACCCCUUCCUCACCCUCCUAGUCUCCGGCGGCCACACCCAGCUAGUCCACUCCCGCUCCCUCACAUCCCACCGCAUACUCGCCUCCUCCGACAACAUCGCCGUGGGCGACGCCCUUGACAAGGCCGCUCGCCAUAUCCUCCCGCCAGACAUGCUAGCAUCUCACGGAGACGUCAUGUACGGCGCCCUCCUCGAACGCUUCGCCUUCCCUGACUCGUUUCCCUCCUCUACAUCGCCAUCAGAUCCCCCAAGCCAGCACGACUAUGACUACAAAUACACCCCUCCUCUCCGCCGCGUCGACGAAAUCGCGCCGUACACAGCUCCCCCGCCCUACUCCUGGACCCUCCACCCUCCCCUCUCCACUUCCCGCGCCUUAUCCUACGAGUUCAACGGUCUUGGUAGCGAGGUCCGCAGAAUUGCCAUAGCAAAAGGCAACUCCAUGUCCCUCGAAGAACGACGGACCCUCGCCCGCGCCACCAUGCGCCUCCUAUUCGAACACUUGGCCACUCGUAUCUUCCUCGCCCUCGCCGCCGAGCCGGAGCUGAAACAUGCACUGAAAACACUCGUCGUAAGCGGCGGGGUCGCAAGCAACCGCUUCCUCAUGCACGUGCUGCGGAAGAUGCUCGAUGUCCGCGGGUUCGGGCACUUGGAGAUCACGGCGCCUCCGCCGGCAUUGUGUACGGACAAUGCGGCUAUGAUUGCAUGGACUGGCAUGGAGAUGUAUGAAGCUGGCUGGGAAAGUUUGCUUUCCGUACAUCCCGAGCGCAAGUGGUCGGUUGACCCUGCCAGCGAAGAGGGUGGGAUCUUGGGUGUCCCUGGAUGGAGAAGAAGAGAACAUUAA